AUGCUGACCGGCUUUGAUCCAUGGCGAAUUUGGCCCGACACUAUGCACUUGCUAUAUCUGGCAGUGGUGCCCGAUGUUCUGGGGAGCAUAUUGUGCGACCUGACGGAUGGCAACCCAGCACAACGUGAAGCUGAGCUGGACAACUUGUGGGAGAGUUACCGCAGCUGGUGCGAAGAAUCAGGAGUGGUUGACCGUGCGGCCCGCAGACUCUUCUCUUCAGCGACACUCCACCCGAAGUCGAGGGACUACUUGCAAAUCUCUCAGAAGAUUCUCUCUGCUGCGGCCGCAAGAUAUGCUAUAUUCUGGCUCUCAAGUCUUCUGAAACACUUGAUGCAGCAGCAUCCUGGCGACCUUUUCUAUGCGACCUCUGGCCUGGCGGGAGUGUGCAUCUCUCUCGCGAAUAUCGAGACCAUCAUGCUGCAGGGAGGAAGAAAGCACACCGAUGCUGAGGUUGAGGCCCUUAAGUCGUCGUAUAUGAUUUUUCGCAGCGGAUACAGCAAGCUGAAUUCUGCAGCCCUGGAUGCCGGUGUAUGCCGGUGGCCAAUGCGACCGAAACAGCACUACAUCGAACACUUCAUCCUCGAUACGCUUCCCUUGAACGGCCGCUACCUGCACAACUUUUUAAGCGAAGACUUCAUUCGCCGUAUUAAACUGGUGGCAAGCAAGUCUAUGCCUGCGUUUCUGAGCAAACACGUUUGCUUGAAGUACUCGCUCCAGACGUGCCUUCGAUGGAGGGGGUGA